AUGCAAUUAAUAGAUAAAGCAGUCGAGUUACGGGAUUCACAAAUCCUUAACAUCGAAUCGUACCAGAAAAUGAUCUGGCGGCGAAGAUUCAUGGCUAUAACAACAGGUAUUGCAUGGAUUGCUGUUGUCGUACUGAUUGCCGCCUUAGCGACACCGAAUUGGGCAGUGUUAGAUUUUAUGAACACCGAAUAUCAACAAGUACAUGUUCAACUUGGAGUAUGGGGUGAAUGGCGAACAAUAAGGAAUUCCACGCAUAAAAAUGUUGAAUGGAUUCCACAUUUCCCCACACCACCGGAAAAUGUCGCUCGACUCGCUGACGCUGACCUUAAACUAGAAAGAGGUAUGUAUGUGAACAGCCGACCUUGUCCUAUUACAACAUAUCCUCGACUCACACAUCUGGUCAGUCACUCAGUCUCAGCGAGCAUCCUCCGACUGAUGUUGGGUGGUCAAUGGUCGGAAAGAGUGAGAGCCGACAACGAGGAACUACAUCCAAAUGUUCUGCCGAAUCCUAUCAUUUGUAGAGAGGAUUACUAUCGUGCACAAGCGGCUAUCGGUGUGAUCGCAUUGUUCUUGCUGAUAUCCACGGACACGUUGGCACUUUACACAUUCUAUCAUCAUCGAUACAUUUAUAAACGUCUUGUCGCUGGACUGUACCUUGUUGUUGGGAUGGCGAUUGUUGUGGCGAUUGAAGUAUUAUCGAACAGUGUUGACGAAUGGAAUACGGCUGUAGCUCAAGCAUCACAGCAAGGCGAUUUCGAUUACGAUGCGGUGAAAGUGACCGGAUAUUCAACACGGAUGGCUCAGUGUGUGGUGGCGGCGUGUCUUCUGACCGCUCUCGCUUUCGCAUUCGGUUCUCAUAAGCAAAAAGGCGAUAAUGCAGCCACUGCUGAAGUUGAAAUCGAAGAUCGACCAGUACAUAUUGGACGAUAG